AUGUCAACAUCAAUGCUACGUCCAAACCUGGGGAUUGCUUCGUCAUCUUCUUCUUCUUCACGUUCAAUACCACCUUCAAGAUCAUCUUCAUUCAUGCCAACACCUAGAUCAUCGACUCCAUCAGCGACAUAUCCCUCUUCCAUAACAUCAUCAUCUUCGCAAAACCUAGAACAUCAUCAUCAUAACGCAUUAUCAUCGAAAUUGAAACAUAUGUUCGAUAAUCAGAAAUAUGCCCUGUUUGAAACUACUGUCAUCAUCAAUGAACUGGGUAAUGUCCCCCAGUUAUCAGGUGAAUUCGACGUUAAAUGGAAAUUUAGAGGUAAAAGACCUAGAGGUAAAGAAAUGAUUGAAUUGUCUAAAAAAGGUCAUCAUCCAAUACCCAAACCUUCAUUGCCAAACCUCAAAUUGCAAUCUCAAAGUGUCAACCCUUCUGCAUCAUCUCUAUCUGUGGGAACCACGUCAACGGCUUCUUCAGGUGUUUAUCCUCCCACUCCACGAUCGCUCCUCAAUCCUCCAUCGUCCACGACCACAUCGCGAGUCCCGAAAUCUUUGACACUUCCUCCGCAAAAGGAUGGCAUUCCUGCAAAGCCAGACAAGAAAGCUUCUGAUCCCACGCCUUUGAAGCAGGUCCUCGCUUUGGGUCAAGAUUCUCCACAAUCAGAGGAAUUUCCAACUGCCAUGGAAUCACCUCAGCAGAUAAGCGAAGAACCAGAAAUUGAUGAAGAUGGAACUAGGUCAAGAAGUACAAGCGGAUCAAGUAGACAAUCUACUCAAAGUUCUGCUGGGUUACCACCCUUAAUCAACAUUCAUCGACCGAUACCAUCUCGUGAUUCUUCCGAAGUCUCGACAGAUAAACUCCCAUUUCCAAAAACCGUUCCUAUCAGAGGAGGAACAACACCUUCUGUCUCUACCCUUAUUGAUCCCGUCCAAGAUCAAGAUGAGAUUUUCAAUCCGGACAGAAGAAAUAGAAUGAGUCGUACAGCGUCUGUAGCUACCACAGCAAGUUCUUCCACCACGUCAACAACAAAUGCUCACAUCAGUCAAAGGCUUCGUUCGGUCUCUGGACCCGGACCGAAAAUUGAUAAUUCUCAAGCUGAUUCGGAAAUGAGAAAAGGUACAACACCAUCAAAACCGCUCAAGUCUCAUGCCUGUAAAUGGGAUUAUGAGUUACAUCAUAUGUUCAGAGUACCACUUAGUAAACCGAUCCCUCCUUCGACCACUCCAAGCGGAACAUAUCCAUAUAGACAGAAACCUUUGGGACCUCCUUUGCCCAUAGUAGGCAGUGGACCUUUAUCUGAAUCUGGAUUGAGGUUGGAGAUCCAACAACUCCCUACUUCAUCCUCUACUUCACAUGGUAGAACGAAGGGUAAGGGAGAAGAAGGAAGCAUCGUCGACGUGAUUCGUAAAGAGGUCAGGGAGAAGACGGUUUUUGGUAUAGUGGAUCUUGACCUGGCUGCGUUUGCGGGUAAGGGUAAAUUGACCAGGAGGUUUCUCUUGAAAGGUAGUCGAACGAAUGCGACGAUAAAGUUAACGGUCGAUAUGAAGUGGAUUGGUGGAGAAGACAAAUGGGCCGCCCCGCCAAUGCAAGAAGGACAUCACGUCUCUGGAGUAUCAGACUUUAUGCCUAUGGACCCCCAGGAAGGUACACGAAGCGACCUGGGUCUUGUGAAAACGCCGUCGAACUCGUCGUCUGGCUCUUCCCUCGAUCUCCAGCGGACACGAACAAACUACUCUACAUCCACCAACCAAACUCGCAAUCCAAGCAUGACUUCACUUGUCAGAUCUGUGACUCGAAACAGUCAUCAGCCGUUCGAGUCUCAUCUGCGCCCCACGGUCAGCCGAAGUCAAACAAGUACACAAGCUAGACCCACAAGUACAGUAUCUCUUCAAUCAGGACAGAUCUCACCAAGAAGGAAACACGACAAUACUGUACCUUCACCUAUGAUAUUGAAUUUAUCCAAAGUCCACGACCAUCAUCGACAUCAUACACACCAUUUGAGAAAACGAAAUGGAGGAGGAGGACACCGACAAACCCUUUCGAAUGGUAUAAACGAUCUGCCACCUGAAGUCAUCAUAGAAGCUAUAUUCAAUCCACAUCCAGCCAAUGUGAAUGGCCCUUUCACGUAUAUACCUGCAAGUUCAAAUAACAGUGAACUUCAAGGUGAAAAGGAAGUUUGGGCAAAAGUUAUCAAUCAAGCUUCAGGUGAAAAUGGUGAUAACCAUUUAUCAGAAAAUAAUACCGAAACAGGUCAAGGUACACCUGAGAAUGUCAUUGAUAUAACCAACGAUACAUUGGAAAAGAAUGGUAAUAAACAUAAAAUAGGUUGGAGGAUGAGAAAUAGGAUUAAAGCGGAAAAGGACAGAAGUGUGAGGUAA